AUGUCUGGAAUAUCCCACACUCUUAAACGGAAUGGACCCAUCGCAUUCAACAUGAUAGCAUCGGGCUCUGCACCAGGACCAGAUGCCGCCCCUCUUCGGCGCAACGGUCCAAUUGGAUUCAGCAUGGAGGGAGCAAAGCCCUCUAGCCCUCCAGCCCCGGCUCCUGCUCCUGCUCCAGCUCCAACCGUGCUUCGACGCAACGGCCCAAUUGGAUUCAGCAUGGAGGGAGCAAAAGCCUCUAGCCCUCCGGCUCCAGCUCAAACUCCAACCGUACUUCGACGCAACGGUCCAAUUGGGUUCAGCAUGGAGGGAGCAAAGCCCCCUAGCCCUCCAGUCCCGCCUCCAGCUGCCGCCCCUCUACGACGCAACGGUCCAAUUGGAUUCAGCAUGGAGGGAGCAAAAGCCUCUAAUACUCCUCCUCCUCCUCGCCCUACCUCCCCUCGAGGUCGUCGAGCUCCAACUCCACCACGUCGUAAUGGCCCCAUUGGAUUCACCAUGAUGGGCGCAGCCACCUAUAACCCCCCUGCACAUCGUCCUGUCUCCCCUCUGGCUCGAGCUCCAACGUCACCUCCCCAGCACUUUUCUGCGAGUCGUACUAGUUCGCCACAACUGGGACAAUAUCCACUAGUCUGGGACCCAAUGGAUUGGUGCUUAACAGUAUGGUACCUAACUGACUGGAUGGACAUGAGUCCAGACUAUGAAGGGUUUGGCACUCUAGGAUCCUGUGAUCCAAAUCUUGUUCAGCCUUGUAAUAUCGAGAUUGUCAUGGGCCAGGGCCAGGAUGACGAGGACGAAAUCUUUUAA